UGGCAGAACUAAAUAUUCGUUUCGUUGCCCUGAAUACGUCAAUGCAAAAUUAAUAUUUUUUUAUUUACCCGGAAUAAAUCCUGCUUACAUUGUUCCAUAGCCAAAUUCUAAAAGAACAAAAACCAAAAAAAAACUGUUCCUAAACCUACUACAAUGCCACGUGGAAAGUAUACCAACCACAAGGGUCGUAACCGUAAGUUUACGAGUCCCGACGAACUGGAGGAGCAGAGAAAGCAAGAGGAACAGAAACAAAAAUGGAGGAAGGAACAUGGAGAUGAAAGCUCUAGCGAAGAGGAAUCAGAGGAUACUAAAUCGGGCUCAGGCAGCAGUGACGAAAGUGAUUCCGACGACGAGCAUCCCACCAAAGCGAAGGGAGUAUCCGGCCUAAUUGAAGUAGAAAAUCCCAACAGAGUAGUUAAGAAAAAUAAGAAGUUAUCAAAUUUGAAUACUAUUGGGGAAGGAGAGAAACCUCAGUUGUCCAGGCGUGAACGUGAAGAAAUCGAACGCCAGCGGGCGGCUGCGGCGUAUCAAAAGGCUCAUGCUCUCGGCAAGACGGAGGAGGCUCGUGCUGAUCUCGCCAGGCUGGCCAUCAUAAGACAACAGAGAGAAGAAGCUGCCAAGAGAAGGGAGGCUGAGAAGAAAGCAAAGGACGAAGGGCCCAAGAAGAGGUAGACAAAUACUCCAAAAUAUUGAAUACAACGGUCUUAAUAGCAAGUCAACGGUUUCCGAAUCCACAGAUUCAUAAUAUAUCGUGAUAUUUGCUUUGAACAUUGAAACAAGGGCUAAAAAAAACAAAAGUAACAACAACCAAAAAAAGAAAUCGCUUAAUUGACUUUAUUUUUCGACGCAACAGAUAACUCAAAAAUAUUCCUUAUAAUUAAAUGUUAGUAACAAUACAAUCUGUCAAUUUGGUAAUACCUACCAACUUUUAUAUUAAAAGAUUGCUCUUAAAAUCUGUGUAUGGUUGAUAUGAGGGGUGUUAGUUGGAAUUUUUGUUGUUUCUGAUAAAUUUAAUAUCAUUAUAGGAAAUGUGCAAUUUUUAUUACUUAUUGAUAACAAUAAUUGUAACCUUUUCAACAGCGCCAUCUAUGAAGUGAAUGAUUAAAACUGUUUGUUGAUUUAAUGUUGACGUACAUUUGGGUAUUUAGAGAAAAAAAACUUGCAAUAUAUAUUUCUUUUAUAUUAGAUAAUUACUGAAUUUAGUUAAUAUCUUAUUAACUUAUAUGACAAUUCUGUUUUAAUUAUCUGUUUUGUUUUUUUUGUCAUUUUUUGUAAAUGUCCCAACAGAACUAAUAAAUUGAAAUAUAUUAUCUCAUUGUUUUAAUUUGAACGAAAAUGGGGUAUAAUUUUGCUUAACUUUUAUUAGAUAGUCUCACUAGACAAUUUUAUAUGCGAAUAAUGUAUCUGUGUAAUAAAAAAAUAAAAUUGAAA